AUGAGUCUUUACAAUGUUAAAGAAAGUACUGGUAAAGGUCGUGGUGUUUUUUUGAAUACUGAUAUAACAGAAAAGACUGAAGUUGUUCACUCCAAAUUAAUUGGAGGGUGUUUGAAUUAUGUAGAAUGGAAGUUUUAUUGUGAAUAUUGUUUUAAAGAGUUAAAAGAAAACAGCAAAAUAUCGUGUGGUUGUGGGUUUAACUAUUGCUCGAUGGAGUGCCAGAAAAAGGCCUAUGAUGAAUACCACAAAAAUGAAUGCUCUAUAAUAAAAAGCCUUCGUGAAAUUCCAGAUGGAAUUGGAGAAAUAUUAUUGCUUUAUAGAUGCUCUAUCAAAACUGUGAAGUGGGAGGAUUAUUGCUCGUUGCCUAAUAUCAAUAAUUAUAAGGCAGUUGAAUACUGUGUUCUCCUCUUUAAAUCAAAUUCCAGUCUUUUAAAAACCAUCUGGGAAGUUAUACAAGCAAAUAGUUUUUGUUUGACAAAUGGAGAAGAACAAGUCAUUGGUAUUGGACUUUUUGACUACGCCAGUUUUAUUAAUCAUUCAUGUUGUCCCAACUGUGUGCCACUGCAAAAUAAACGAGAGAUGUCUAUUAAGAGUCUGACAAGUAUAAAAUCAGGGGAAGAGAUCUUUAUCAGUUACAUAGACAUCACUGAGAGCUUUGAAAGGCGAGAAAAAGAACUUAGAAAAUGGCACUUUUCAUGUGGAUGUUCUUUGUGUGAAGAAGACAAGAAGAGGUAUCGAUACCACUUAUUAUGUGAAUGUGGUGGUUCUUUGUUUGUUGAUGAAAUUGGGCAAUUUGCUAAAUGCAAGACGUGUAAAAAAGUGUUUGAAGAAGGGGAUGAUAAAUAUGAAGAUGCUUUGUAUCAAAUAAACGAAUACAGAAACCUUGAGAAUGACAUCGACAAGCUCAGUACAAAUAAACAAUACGAACAAGUGAUCGAAAAAUUGAAUGAAAAUGUGAGUGUCAUAACUUCUUUGAUUGAUGAAAAAGAUGUAAGAGAACAUUACAAAUUCAAUUCUAUUAUGUUCCACAGCUUUAUCCAAUUAAAGAAAUACAACGAAGCUGCACAAGUUGGCAAGAAGUUGAUGAAAAUGGUCGACACUAUUUUCCCUUUACUUUACAUAACCGGUGUUGUUGAACACUUUCAUCUUGCAAAAGUAUUCCGAAUGUCUGGAGACGAAAAUUUAUUCCAAGAAGAAAUUGAAAAAGUGAGACUUGGGAUAUCAAUUUUAGACGACUCUCAUUGCUUGGUUAAAGAAUUUAAUGAGUAUGUCAUUGCAAUUAAAUAA